AGGUAUUUUGUUCAACACAAAUCUUGGUCAGCAUAUCCUGAAGAACCCCAAGAUAAUCGAGAGCAUGGUGGACAAGGCAGCAGUAAGGCCAACGGACGUUGUAAUUGAAAUAGGACCCGGUACCGGUAACAUGACAAUGAAAUUACUUGAAAGGUGUAAAAAAGUAAUUGCUUACGAAGUCGAUCCACGUAUGGUUGCUGAAUUACAAAAACGUGUCCAGGGUACUCCUUACAAAUCGAAAUUAAACAUAGAAAUUGGAGAUGUACUUAAGGCUGAUAAAUUACAUUAUUUUGACCUGUGUAUUGCUAAUGUACCUUAUCAAAUAUCAUCACCACUCAUGACUAAAUUGUUACUCCACAGGCCAAUAUUUAGAUGUGCAGUUCUCAUGUUCCAAAAAGAGUUCGCUGACCGAUUAGUGGCCAAACCUGGUGAUAAUUUAUAUUGCCGUCUCAGUAUCAACACCCAAUUAUUAGCCCGAGUUGAUUUACUGUUAAAAGUUGGUAAAAAUAAUUUCCGCCCACCGCCAAAAGUUGAAUCUAGUGUUGUUAGAGUUGAACCACGUAAUCCACCUCCAGCAAUUAAUUUUAAAGAAUGGGACGGCUUAACGAGAAUAGCGUUUGGUAGGAAAAAUAAAACAUUGCUGGCGGCGUUCAAAACAACUUCGGUGAAAACUUUACUCAAUAAAAAUUACCAAAUUCAUUGCAGUCUUAAUAAUGAGACAAUACCAGAGGGAUUUGAUAUCACGGAAUUAAUUACAGAAGUAUUGACUACAAUGACAAGAAAAGGUGACAAAGUAGACCGUCUCGAAGGAAUGAGUAAAAAACGCGCACGAGAAUUGGAUGUUGAUGAUUUUAUAGAGCUUUUGUAUACUUUUAAUAAAGUAGGAAUUCAUUUCGCGUGA